AUGAAGCAGCAGCAAUUGGACAAAGAUGGGCUUGCAAGCAGCUAUUUAUUGCUCACUGCACUCAUUCCGCUCUCCACUUACCUUCUUUACUCACUUCUCAAGAGAGCACCGGUCUUCAAAUGUGCAUGUAAAAACUGCAUUUCAAAAAAGCCCAAAAGAAACCUUCCAAAGACCAUGUCCACUGCCGUCGUGUGUCUAAUCGUUGCUUAUUUGUGCAAAAAUGUUUUGACCAUUAAAAUCAACAAAAAAACAGCGGAUUUUGAUCCAUUUCAGGUUUUGAAUGUAACUCCUGAAAGCUCUUUUGAGGAAAUUAAGAAAAACUACAGGAAAAUGUUGAAAGUAUUCAACAAAAGGCUAAACAAGAAAAAUUUCAAAGAGGAAGCCACUGAGGGAAUUAAAAAUCUAAACAAGGCGUUUGCAAUACUCAAGGAUCCAGAGUCUCUCAACAACUGGAUCUCAAAUGGCCCAUCAAAGGAGUUGCUGAUUGCUAUUCCUUCUUUCAUUCUAAACUUUAGCUCGUCUUUUUUAAUAUUUUAUAUUAUUUUGAUUGCUGUCGCUGUUCCGGUCUAUUUUCUAUUGAGGCACUUUGCUUUCAAAAAAAUAAGCUUUUCUGGGUCUGAGUAUGUCUCAAAUGAAAGAUUUUAUGAGGACAUUUGCAACUUUUCUGAGAUUCCAUCAAUUAUUCUCCACCAGUGCAUUUUCAUUAUGGGAAAGUCUGUUGAAUUCGCAUCUAAAAAAUGGAACAGAAGAUUACCUAAAGACUGUGUUAGAAUAUUAGAAAUGGAUUAUGCUAUACCUGUUAUGGAUGAUGAAGAAGGCUACCAUAGAAUUCUGAUGUAUUUGGCUAGACGUAUUGAAGAUUCUGACGAUAGAGAGUACAUUAGAUCGAGAAGCUCAAUGUUAAUAGAAUCAUUUAAGAGAAUAGCAUCUUCCAAAGGAAAGACUAAAGUUUUUGAAGCACUGCUGAUCAUAGAAAAGAUGGUAAACCAGGCCAUAUUUAGCGCAGAAUACUACCAGCUUCAGUAUCCUGGAAUUCAGUUUGAGCAGGCAAGCCAGGUUGUAUUUUCAAACGAACCUACUAAAAAGACAUUACAUGCCGACGAGAAGAUCAUAAACAGAUUUCUUGGUGGUAGAGAGCUAAAAAUAGCCCUGAAUGUGUUGAAUAAUAUUCCAACUAUAACAAUUUCUGAGCUCAAGGCCUUUACAAUCGACACGGCUGUUGAAAACUGUGAUUUUGGCCAGGAGGAAGCUCAAGUUAUCAAGAAAGAGGGUGAUUUCUUUGUAAUACCAAAAGACUCCCAGGCUUACAUUCGGUUUAAACUGAUCUCUCCAAGACUAGUACCGAUAUGCCAUACCCCAUUUUCACAGGGUAUUGUCUUCAAUAAAUGGACAGUAUAUUUGAAGAUUAACGAUCGUCUAGAGGGGGAUGUCUUCUUUUUAGAUGCAUUUGAGGGAGUAAAGAAAAUCAAGAUGAGCAUACCAUGCAGCAAUGGAAAGCAAAAUGUAAAAGUACAUGUGGUAUCCAACGGAUACUUUUCUAAUGAUUGCUCUUCUGCAUUGACAAUUAAAUCUAGCUAG